AUGCGCCACAACCAAUACAUGGCACCUCGUCUUUCGGAUCUUGCGUCUUUGGACUCCUUUUGCCGAUUGGUCGACUGCAACCCGGAUCUAGCCAACGCUGUCCGUGAUCUGCACAUACGCGGCAAGACGGACUACUCCUCUAUGCGUCCUACACCUUGGAUCCUACAGGUUCCACUCCGGCUGCUUAACCUGCUACCGAAUCUGCGCUCUAUCACGUUCGACCAAAUCGAGCGCGUUCAAUUCUCGGCAGACUUCUGGACAGAACUGGAGAAGUUCACACCGAAAGUGACCUCUUUGACGAUCAAGGCAUCUCGAUUCUACUUUGACACCGAUCUCCGAGACCUUAUCUUUGCCUUCCCCAAUCUCACAUCGUUGACGCUCUCCAACGUCCACUGGGGUCGUGCGGAUGAGACUGUCUGUCCACCUCCACGUUGGGGACGGAUCCUGCCACUCCGGACGCUUCGACUGAACCAUGUCCCCGGUCGCUCUGAAUAUGUAACGCUGUUUGACUGGCUAAGCAGGUCCAAGACAGUCCGGGAACUAGAAGUCCUGCAAUACUCACAUGAGGCCUUUGAUCUCCUCGUGAACUACCUUCAUCAGCUCGCAGACAAAGGUCGUUCGCUGCUGGAGUCAUUCAGUUUCUCUCCAUCAGCCGUGCUUUACGGGCGAGAUUAUGUGGUUACCUAUCCUGAGCUCGGUGCCGCUCUUCGUCGACAUGUCCUCCUGCGGGACCUCCACUUGCAUAUCCCUAACAUGAUGAACGGGCCGAUGGCAUGGGUGCCCCGUCUUCUCCGGGACCUAGAUCCCGCACCCCUCACGCAUAUCGCGCUUGACUUCACCUUGGACGUGGACAACGCUGAUCACUUGACCCCCGACUGGAGCGAAACAAACUCUAGGCUGCAGUCUCAAUGGCGCAAGACACUGCAGAAAGUGACGCUCACCCACUAUCCCGUCGGCCACUUCCUCUCGGAUUCGACAGCGCAGUAUAUCCUGACGACGCGGCUGGAGCAUUUGAAUGAGCGCAAGAUGCUGGAUGUGUUUAUCGGAGAACGAUAUGGAUAG